GGUCUCAGGCCCCGCCCCACCCGUGGGCCCCGCCCCUCCCUUCUCCCGCCCCGGCCGGUGGCCCGGCCCCACCGCACCGCUUCCGGUGCGGGCUCCGCCCCGGCUGUGGCGCCCGGCGGCGGCGGCGGAGGAGUCCGAGACGCAGCUGUGGCCUGGGGCCUGAGCGGCCGCUUAGUCCACCGCCCGCGGCCGGAGCGUCACAGUUUUGGUUAAUCACUUAAAGUGGACACCCAGCGUGCCUACUAGGCCGUGCCCUGGUCCAGAGCCAUGCCAAUCUAUGAGUGAGACUCACGGCAGUGAUGGAGCCACUGCAGCCACAGCAACAGAAGCAGUCGCACCUUGCUCCUCUGCAGAUGGAUGCCCGAGAGAAGCAGGGACAACAGAUGAAAGAAGCCCAAUUCCUGUAUGCCCAAAAGCUAGUCACACAGCCUGCUCUCGUUUCUGCCACACCUGGGAGACCUGCCAGCAGCCCUGCCCUGGGUCCCUUAGCCAGAGUUUCACCUGCCACACCAGUGGCCCGAGUGUUUGAACGGAGCAAUGUGAACUCAGAGCCGGAGGAAGAGGAAGGAGGUUUGGAAGAUGAGGAUGGGGAAGAUGAUGUGGCAGAGGUGGCUGAAAAAGAGGCCCAGGCUGCUUCCAAAUAUUUUCACAUGCAGAAAACAGCUCGCCUAGACCCCCGAGCAGCACCAGUGUCCAGUCUGCUUCCAGCACCAGGACUCCCCUCACACGGACAGCAAACUAAAGAAGACCAUACCAAAGAUGCUUCCAAGGCCCCACCUUCUGUUUCCAUGGCUGGGCAGCCAAGCUGGAAUCCAGAUGAGCAGCUUAAACAGAAUGGUUUGGCCUGGAGUGAUGAUGCCGAUGGAGGCCGUGGAAGAGAGAUCUCCCGAGAUUUUGCCAAGCUAUAUGAACUAGACAGUGAUCCUGAAAGGAAAGAGUUCCUGGAUGACCUCUUCAUCUUUAUGCAGAAAAGGGGGACCCCCAUCAACCGUAUCCCCAUCAUGGCCAAGCAGAUUCUGGACCUGUACAUGCUGUACAAGCUGGUGACGGAGAAGGGAGGCCUGGUGGAAAUCAUCAACAAGAAGAUCUGGAGGGAGAUCACCAAGGGCCUGAACCUGCCCACCUCCAUCACCAGUGCCGCCUUCACCCUCAGGACCCAGUACAUGAAGUAUCUCUACGCCUAUGAGUGUGAGAAGAAGGCCUUGAGCUCCCCAGCUGAGCUGCAGGCUGCCAUUGAUGGCAACCGCAGGGAGGGCCGGCGGCCAAGCUACAGCUCUUCGCUCUUUGGCUACUCACCUGCCACUGCCCCUGCCACUGCCACUGCCACUGCUGGGGCCCCUGCCCUUCUCUCGCCACCCAGGAUCCGCUUCCCAGUCCUGGGGCUUGGCUCCAGCAGCAGCACCGGUGCUAGUGCUCCUCGGUUGUCACAGGCAGCCACUCUCAGGAAAGGUGAUGGGGUCCCUGCAGCCACAGUGCCCGUGCCAAAUCGCCUGGCUGUGCCCAUGGCUCUGGCAGGACCACAGGCAGGGAGCCGGAUGGCCACGCUGGAACAGCUACGGGAGCGCCUAGAGUCAGGGGAGCCGGCCGAGAAGAAGGCGGCAAGGCUGUCAGAGGAGGAGCAGCGCCUGGUACAGCAGGCCUUCCAGCGUAACCUCUUCAGCAUGGCACGGCAGCUACCCGUGAAGAUACGCAUCAAUGGCAGGGGUGCGUGUGCCACUGCAGCCCCAGCUCCACACCUGGGGCAGGAUGGGCAAGAAGACAGAGGAGAGGCCUCGGCUGCUGCACUGAACCUAACCCCAAGCACCAUUGGGAGCAUUAACAUGUCUGUGGACAUCGACGGCACCACCUAUGCAGGCGUGCUGUUUGCCCAGAAACCCGUGGUCCACCUCAUCACAGGCCCUGCUGGCCAGAGUGUCGUCGGCAGCACCUCCGGUGGCAGCAGUAGCAGUGGCGGCUCUCACUGCUCACAGAGUCCUACCUCGUCCCGGGGCACCCCCAGUGCGGAGCCCUCCACCAGCUGGUCCCUCUGACGGCAGCGCCCAGCUGCCUCUGCCCUGCCCUCCAGCCAGGAGUGGCAGAAGCUGCCGCACAGAAUUUACCUCGUCUCAUGGAGCCCAAUGUUCAGGGACUGGGUGUGUCCAUCUGUCCAGGCUCCAUUCAGGUCCUGCUGUCCUCUGGGGGCAGGGAGAGGUGGGCGGGGCAGGACCGGGCAGCGUUGUCCAAUCAGGGAUCAUCCUGGAGGCCUGGGCAGGGUUCUGGGUACCCUACUUCCUCCAGGGUCCCCGCCCACCUUCUACUCCGGGGGCACAGUGUAUCGACAAUCUGUAAGCCGACACGGGGCUGGACACCUCCACUUCCUUCCCCCUUAAUUUAUUUCCCUUUGCUUUCUGUCAUCACCCCAUUGUCAUGGUCUCAUCCUCUGCCUGGCCCCCAACAAUUUUUAAAUCCUGUGUGGCUGCUGAGGCCAAGUGCCUGCCUUUGUGGCUCUCAGCUGCUGAGUGUAGGCCUGGCCUUCCCAGCCCACCUGUCUGGUCUUGGUUGCCAGAGCCUGGGUCCCUCAAAUCCAAGCCUGGCAUCAGACCUUGGGGCUUCAUGCCCCCCUCAGGUGGGAGAAACGUGAAAUCACAUGAGAGCAGGCUUCAGGCCCAGGCCUCUGGGCAUCUGCCAGGAAGGAGGAAAGCUCGGGCUGCCUGGGCCCUAGUAGCUCCCUCCCAGGACCCCAUGCAACCCUCCCUUACCUCAGGCUCCCCAGUUGCCCUUGUUGGCCAUUCUCACUGUAGCUCCCUUGUCCCUGUCCUGUUGCCAUCUCUGGGGGCCCUCUCCGCCCCACCAGCUCCAGAUGUGCCGAUAUCAGGUCAUUGAAAUACCUCAGAUUUGUAAUUGUUGAUGUUUGAGUCUUCAGGAAGUAUUUGCAUCUCUGAAAUCUUUUUUAUAUGUGUUUUGCUGACUUUUGUUUUUUAUUUGUUUUUUAUUUUUAAAUUUUUGUUGUUGCUGUUGUAGCACCAAAGAAAUAAGAAAUAAGAGCGGAUCACCUCAGCCAGGCGCAGUUGGUGGCCAGCCCCUUGGCCCUGCCCUUGCCCCCUGGAAGGCAGAAGCAGGUAGAGUGACUCAGGGAUCCCCGAGGCAGUAGGGUGGGACGGAGAGGCCUGCACUUGCCCGCAGGGCCAGAAACUGCACCAGUCCCAGGAUGUCCUUGACCAUGCCGCUGCCCCUACCCUUCCAUGUGUGCCGUGGGCCCCGCUACCUGCUGGAGCCCAUGGCCAUGGUGUGGGAGUGGAGAUGCCAGGGCUGGUGCAGGCUACUCCUGCCAGUAGACAGGGUGCCACUUGCACAGGCCAUCUUAGCCAGGCACCUUCAGUGUUCAGAACGCUGCCACUGUGACUCCUGGGCUCAGGGCCCCACUCAGUCCUGUCCAGGAAGAGAAAGGGAAACCAGAAGCUCGUGCAUAGACAUACCUCAGCCUGGCCAGUCACUCUGCUGACCUGCGCCUCGGCCCUGCCCUGGCCCUCCACGUGCCUGUGCAUGCACACGCAUGCAUGUGCCCACACAGCCCAUCCACCCACGCACUGCACGCUGCCCUCCUCUGCCUGCACAAACCUUGCCCUCCCAGCACAGGUGGGCCGUGGUAGGGAAGGGAUGAGGCUCUGGUGCCAGUGCAGAGGUCCGGUGGCCAGCGCUGACCUACCUCCCUCUGGAAUAUGUCAGACACUUGGCCAGAGUGUCCUUCUCAGGGUUUGGUCACGAAGGAUGGACUCUCCCGCCCAGAGGAUGCAGGGGUGCACACUGGGUCUCUGGUCAUAGGCACUCCCCUUGUCCUUCCCCGGCCACUUGCCUGGCCUCUCCCUCAGUGCCCCUCAGUGCCCCAGCAUGGGCCUGACCCAGGCAGAGCGCCCCUGGGGGUGCUUUGUCUCCCUUUCCAUCUUCUUUGUAUUCCAGCAGCAGUGUGGUAGCACACAGGUAGCCUAGGCAGUGAGUACAUACCUCAGACGUCCUCGCAGCAAGUGUCUGUAUAUGUCGUGGUUCUUUUCUAUCUUACAUGUUUGAAUGUUUAUAUUUCAAUAAACCUCUACCUCUUCACAUGGCA